GACCAAAGGCGCCAGUAUACGACCAGACACCAGAGCGCUAGGGUGCUGCAUCGUUUUCUCUAGUGCCCGCGCGUGUGAGAAAUUAACGUUUCUGUCAAAUGUUGGGACGUUGAUUUCGCGUAAAUAAACGUAACCCAAUUCCAGGCUUCAUAUAACGCCAGCUUCUUAAUAAGGAGGAGUGAGGUGGAGGCUGGAGGAUGGCUACCGUAGAUGAGCUGGACCUGGACGUGGAGCUGGGGCCAGGCAACUCCUAUAUCAUCAAUAACCAAUCGUACAUCAGCAAAGCCGAGGUCUAUGGCGGCUACAGGUGCGGGGACCUGGGCCUCCUGCUGCCCUUCUUCUCGGAGUACACGUGGCCGGAGGAAGUGCGCGCCUUCCUCUACCUGGCCGGCCUCCUCUACUGCUUCCUGGGCGUCGCCAUCAUUGCUGACAUCUUCAUGGGCGCCAUCGAGAAGAUCACUAGCAAGACCCGCAAGGUGUAUCUGACAUCGGACAAGGAGGACGAGCCGGAGGUGAUAGAGGUGCGGAUCUGGAGCGACGCAGUGGCCAACUUGACACUAAUGGCCCUGGGUUCGUCAGCGCCCGAGAUUCUGCUCUCCAUCAUUGAGGUGAUCGGCAAAAAUUUUAAUAGCGGGGAACUCGGGCCAGGCACCAUCGUGGGCUCGGCCGCCUUCAACCUGUUUGUGAUCAUAGCGGUGUGCAUCAUGGCCAUCCCCAGCGGCGAGAUCAGGAGGAUCAGGGACAUUAAGGUGUUUGCAGUGACGGCGGUGUUCUCGGUGGUGGCAUACCUGUGGCUGCUGCUGAUCCUGGUGGCGGUGUCUGAGAACGAGGUGGAGGUGUGGGAGGCGGUGGUGACGCUGCUGCUCUUCCCGUCGCUGGUGGUGCUGGCCUGGCUCGCGGAGAAGAACCUGUGCGGCGUCCCCAACAAGACCGACACCAGUAAACAAAUCGAGCUUGGCAGUUUUCAGCCAGGUGAGACUGAGGAGGAGGGGCCAUGGGAGAGUUGUUUGGUGUGUCUGGGCAUAAGAGCCCCCCGCAGGGUCACCGCGGACAAGCUCCUGAAAGAGCGCCAGUACUUCAAAGAUGGUCAUCUGGACCGUGAUGGAUUGGUUGCCUUUAUUAAGGAGGUUAAAAACUACCCAGGACUUACAGAUGAAGAUGCUGCUGUGCUCGCUGCCUCCAAACUUGUAGAAUCACAGAGCCACUCUCGGAUGUGGUACCGUGUUGGUGCUGUACGCAGCAUGACUGGUGGACGCAAGACUCAACCUCAGCUCUCUUACAAACUUAAGGAGCGGUCUAAGGACAGGAAGAAAACGCUCAUCAUGCUAGAGGACGGCACGAACCAGGUCUACAAUGCUAUGAAUGAACAUCCUGAGGCACCGACUGUGGGAGAGGUACCGAAGGUGAUGCCACAUAGAAAUGCUAUCAUUGAGUUCCAUGCUGGGUCUUGUGCCGUUAUGGAAAAUAUUGGGAAAUUCCAAGUAGCUAUUUGUCGCAGUGGCAGAACUGACAAUGAAGUUAGCAUCAGGGUUGAGACUAUAGACGGAACAGCAACAGAGGAGCAGGAUUAUGUUGCAAUCAACGAGGUUGUCACUUUUCAACCAGGCGAAACAGAGAAGUUUAUUGAAGUGGAAAUCAUCAAUGACAACCAGUGGGAACCAGAUGAAGAAUUCUUUGUGAAGCUUUCAUUGCUGGUGGACAGUGAGAAGAGAUCAGGCGUACAGCUGGGACGCAUCUCCAUCAUGGAAAUAACCAUUCUCAAUGAUGAUGAGCCUGGAAUGGUAAUGUUCCAAAAGCGAGGCUUCCUGGUGAAGGAGAGCAUUGGGAGUGCAGUAAUCCCAGUUGUCCGCAAGAAUGGGGCUGAUGGAGAGAUUACUGUGAAGUGGCGAACAAUUGACAAGAGUGCUAUUUCUGGCCGUGACUUCGAGGGAGGAGAAGGUGCCCUCGUCUUCAAGCACACAGAGAUUGUACAAAACAUCGAGAUCCCCAUCAUUGAUGACAUGACACCUGAGAAGGAUGAGCACUUUGAGAUAGAAUUGUUUGAUCCAGAAGGUGGUGCCAAGUUGGGCCAAAUAAAUCGCACUGCUGUCACAAUUACAAAUGACGAUGAUUUUAACAACGUUCUGUCCAACAUGAUGAUGAUGACAAAUGCCAACCUUCACUCACUACAAGUACACCAUGAAACUUACCUCAGUCAGAUUAAAGAUGCUCUCAAUGUGAAUGGUGGAGAUAUUGAAAAUGCAUCUGGGAUGGAUUAUUUAAUGCACUUCUUUACCUUUGGAUGGAAGAUUAUCUUCGCCUUGGUGCCACCACCCGGCAUCCUUGGAGGCUGGCUGUGUUUCUUUGUCUCUCUAGCAGUAAUUGGUGUUCUAACUGCUAUUAUUGGAGACUUGGCUGCUAUUUUUGGUUGUCUUGUUGGGCUCAAUGACUCUGUUACAGCAAUUACGUUUGUAGCCUUGGGAACUUCACUUCCUGAUACCUUUGCAUCAAAAACUGCUGCUGUUCAGGAGAAAUAUGCUGAUAAUGCCGUAGGCAAUGUGACUGGCAGUAACUCGGUGAAUGUAUUCCUUGGUCUUGGUCUACCAUGGUUUAUUGCAUCUGUUUACCAUCUUAGUCAGGGCACCAAGUUUGUGGUUCAGGCUGGCAGUCUUGGAUUUAGUGUGGGUCUCUUCACAGGACUCUGUAUUGUGGCAAUUACCUUUCUCAUGGCUAGAAGAGUCUUUGGUGUGUUUGGGAAAGCAGAACUGGGUGGCCCUACAGUUCUGAAGUAUCUUUCUGCCUUCUUUUUAAUUGCUCUCUGGUUUGUAUAUGUGAUGGGUGCUUCAUUGCAAGCUUAUGGGUACUUCUAAGUAUAAUAACUUAACACUUUUAAAGUAUGUUAUGAAAAAAGUAAUUCAAAUUAGUAAUAGUCUUCAUAUAUAAAAAAGUCUAAUACUGAUAUUAUAAAGUUAACAAAUCUCUCUAUUAGUCAUCAACAGGUAAUAGUAGAUAAAACAAAUACAGUAGUAAUAUUUUAUAUUUUGAUGGAGUUUGUGCUUUUGAUUUGUGAUGUCUACAAUAUAACCAAAUGACAAUUUGAUGUGUGUCAGAUGUGUGUAAUGUUGAAUGCCUUUUGAAUUUUUAAUGCUUAAAUGAAAAGAUGUUUUAAUGUAUAUUCCUUGUACAGAAAAUACUGCAACUUAUUAUGAAUAGCUUAUUACAGUUGACAAAGGUAGAGAAGCAUUUCUUUCCUAGAAGUGACGAGGAAGACAUGUUUUAGACCAUAGUCAGUCGGUAAGUUAAGAGGCCAUCAAACCUACUUUAAUUGGUGUUAUGAACAAAGAUGUGCAAACAGCAGUGUAAUUAUUUUUGAUACAAAUAGAUGAUCUGUUUGAAGUUGUUUAUUUUCCUACUUGUAAAUGCUUGCCAAGGCAUUCCUCAUUCUUCUUUAUGACUGCUAGUUAAUAGCAAAUGUUUCAUUUCUGAACAAGUGGCAUGUGGAAUUCUUUGGCAGGUAUUUCAUGUGCUCCUUGGCAAGCCUGUAUUUCUCUUAAAAGUUUAACUAUGUUUGUUAUACUUUUUUAUUAUAUAAUUUAUAAUAUUUAAUAAACUUACAUUCAGUAUAUAACAAAUUUUAAGCAAUUUUUUUAUAUAGACAACUUAGACAAGUUUAAGUGCAGCUACCAAGGGCUACGGGUUUAAUAUAGAUGAAAGGUGACAAUUGUAUCAUUUGAGUGGCUUUUUUCACGAAGGAUUUAUUAAUACUGUAGUGAAAUAAAAUGAUGACUGAGGAAUGAAUUCCCUUUGACCUCAUCAUUUGGAAAUUGUGUUGUAUUUACUGAGUAAAUGUGUAAUAUUAUGACAUACUCUCCAAUUUAGCAUCCUUGUUCUUGUAUCCAAAUAAACUUUUGGUAUUAACUUUUACAUACAUUAUCUCUCUUUAAUAUAAUGUGCAUAAUUAGUAUUCAGUAUCCUUCAUAUAUUAAUUUUUUAAUUUCAAAUUUGGCAUUUUGAUGUCACAAUACAUUUAAUUAAUAGGAUAAAACUCCACACUUGUGUAUUUGUGAAAUUGAUGUAUAGAAUUACACAGACUUUCGCACUCUUCCGAGUGCUUUGUCAAGGUCUGAGUGUGUGGUUCGAACGAGACUUGCAUCUCAACGACUAACGAGCACAUUAGUCAUUGAGAUGUAAGUCUCGUCCCCACCACACACUCAGAUCUUGACAAAGCAUUCAGGAGUGUGAAAAACUUGCCUUGAGGUGCUUGAGGUGCUUCCGGGGCUUAGCGUCCCCGCGGCCCGGUCGUCGACCAGGCCUCCUGGUUGCCGGACUGAUCAACCAGGCUGUCGGACGCGGCUGCUCGCAGCCUGACGUAUGGUGUAAUUCUUUACAUCAAUUUCACAAAUACAUAAGUGUGGGUUUUUAUCCUAUGUUAAAAUGUCUGAUAAGACAUUACUAAUACAUUUAGUAUUGUUGGAAAUUAAUCUAAUCUGAAUUAUUGAGAAUCUUUAGUUUAUAGUCUUUGAAAUUUAUUCCUCUCAAUUUUUAUUUAAAUUUAAAUUCUCUACAGGAAUAAUUUCAAAAGUUUGUACUUAAGUUAAGCAUAUUUAUGAUGGUUUCCAUUUUCACAGAGUGGCUGAAAGCUCUCAAGUAUCAAUGUUUAGUGAUGUUGAGAACAAAUAUGUCAGAUAUGCUCUCACAAAAGUAUAAGUUAUAUAAUAAUAAUGUGUCAGCAUCUCACAGCUCAUUUUCUUAACUUCAUUUAUCCUGUGAUAAUGUUAAUUUACAACAUUUUAGCACAUUACCUUGUUGAACAUCAUUAAAUGGAAAGCCUUAUAAAUGAAGAGAAUAAAACCUA